AUGACAGAUGUACCAACAGCAAAGCUCAUAAACCAAGAGCCAACCACAACGACAAAGGUUUCAAUUGCGAUAAAUGUGCAGGAUUCACUAGAUGGUUCAUUGGUUGAGAAUGGAGAAACGCUUGAAUCAUCGAGUGCUAGUUGGAAAGCCAUACAAAAGGUUCGACAAAUCUUGGUGUUGCCCAGUUCACAUAGUAAAUGUCAUGAUACGAUACACGAUCAAUUGGCCAGUUUUGCCUCUUUUGCCGAAGCAAAGUUGAUAGAGUAUCGAGAGAUCCUCGCCCAGACAAGUGUCUGCGUCUUCGCCGUCAAUUACAUCCAAAAUCGUUACGUAUCUACUGAGUUUUGCGUGGAAAUCGCGAAAUUGUACGAUGUUUUUGAAGUCGAACACAAGAGUGAUUUCUUACAAUACAUUGAUGAUUUGAGAGUGAAUGGAGAACCAGAUAUAAAAGAGAUGAUUGAGAAAUACGACAGUGUGGUCACUCGAUGGGAUGAGUUUUUGAUUGACAUCGAUGGAUGUGUUGAUGAGAAAGUCGGACCGUACGAGAAAGGAGGAGCUGAUGACGACAUAGUGGCGUUAGGCGUUCACAGUAAAACAAUCGCUCAUCUCGUCAACGGAACUCCCUUCGAUAUGGUGCUUAUUGUGAUUGUUCACACUUUCCAAUCUCAAGAAAUCAAUCAACGAAUCCUCGAUCUGUACAGACAUAUGCAAGAGUUACAUCACUACGGAUGUGAUGUUCAUUUGCUCACUCGUGGUCCACCAAUUGGAUCAAGGGGCGGUAGUUAUUUGAAAUUGAUUGGCGUUCCAUUUCGACGACUUUUUGACGAGAAUGAAGCCGUGGAAGAGUUGCGAAAUCAUCGCCGACCAGCGCUGAGUCUAGCAGGAUGGGACUCAUUGCUAACGGUAGUUGAAGUCUCGUGUUGUGACGGAGUGAAAGAGCUAAAGAAGCAAAAAUCGGGAGAUCGAGAUCGAGAAGCCCCAUCACCGAUACCCGAAAGUGCUUCUUAUAUUACACAAAAAGGUGGAAUUUUGUUGGUGAAUCCACAGGGGACAAUUCUUUUCCUUUACGUCGAACAGGAAGAGACACAUUGGCCAUCAAUUGAGGAAGUUGUGAAACAGGUCCAACAACACUCAAAGCGAAAACCCCUUGAGAAAUCGAGCGAGAAAUCGGCGAAUGGCGGGAAAAUCGACAGCGAAUUGUCGGCCAAAGAAAAGGAUGGGGGAAAUCACGAGAAGAAGAAAUGUUGCACUAUUUUA